AUGGGCGGACUUCGUUGUUUUAACUGCGAGGAUGUCGCAACCCAAAGUCUAACACUCGGGGACUUUUCACAGAGGCGGAGGAGGCUAGGCAAGAGGACCUUCGCGACCCUCCCAAUCUACGACGAUGGUGAUUCAGAGGAGCAUGUUGUGGGAGACGUUGGCCCUCUACUAGUGCUGCAUCGCUCGUGCAUAACCUCGCGUCUACCGGACACUGAGUGGUUUCACUCAAUGUCACCAUCGGAGGCAAGGUGUGUUCUUUCAUCAUCGACGCGGGCAGUUGCGAGAAUGUGA